AUGGCACCCACCAGACCCGCGCGCGGAGCUGCGAAGGAGAACGGCACACCCGCGAAGGGCGCCGCCGCCGCCGACUCGUCCGACCCGCCCGUCAAGCGCGGACGCGGCCGUCCCCCGAAGAACGGCGUGUCUGCCAUACCCAAGAAGGAGUACGUGCCCACGGGCAAGCCUCGCGGUCGCCCGAAGGGAAGCGGCGUGAAGAAGGCCACCAAGGCCAAGGCCGCUGCUACUGCUGCUGCAUCGACGCGUGCCGGCGGCCGCGGUCGCGGCAGACCCAGCAACGCAUCCCUUGCCGCUUCUGCCACCCCGAAGAAGGCGACGCCCAAGGCUGCGGCUGCGGCCAAGUCGUCGGCCACCAAGGCCAAGAAGGGCGGUCCCGGACGCAAGCGCAAGAGCGAUGUGGUCGACGAGCCUGAGGAGGAGGAGGACGCCGAGGAAGAGGUCGAGCAGCCCGUGGAUGACGCAGAUGACAGCGCUGGCGAUGUCGAUCUCGGAAUGAACGAUGAUGCAGAAGAAGAUGACGAAGAUCUCAUCCGGGGCGAUCUGCUCGACGCUCCUGAGGUAGUACUCCCUCCCCAUGCUAUACAUCGAGGCUCCGGCCACACUUUCUCUGCUCAAUAA